AUGGCAGUCAGCUCAGAGAUACGGGACAGCCAUGAUGGAUUUGUUGAGAAUCGGGACGACAUCCCUCUUAAGGAGUCCGGAAGUGACGAUGACAGCGACGAUGAAAAGCAAGACUAUCCGUCAACGCUACAGCUAAUACCCAUUAUGGUCGGACUCUGCUUCCAAUCGAUCUGUAUUGCGUUGGAUAAUACCAUCCUGGCCACCGCAAUCCCCAAGAUUACAGAGCAGUUCAACUCUCUUGAAGAUUUAUCCUGGUACGCAAGUGCAUAUCUCCUCACGACAUGUGCGGUCACUCUCCCAUUCGGCAAGAUAUACACCUUCUAUUCCACCAAAUGGACAUAUAUGAUCGCCCUUGCGCUAUUUGAAAUAGGGUCACUCAUAUGUGCCGUGACACCAACAUCAAAGGGAUUAAUAUUGGGACGGGCAAUUGCUGGGCUCGGAUCUGGAGGACUGUCCCCCGGUGCUCUGCUGGUGCUGGCCAACAGCUUACCUCUUCAUCGACGAGCGCUCUAUUUUGGAAUCAUCGGGAGCGCCAGUGGAGUAGCAACGAUUACGGGACCGAUGUUAGGGGGGCUCUUAACUGACCGGCUGAGCUGGAGAUGGUGCUUCUGGCUCAAUUUACCCCUCGGCGCGAUUACUGGACUCUUCAUUACGAUGUUUUUCAAGGACUCGAAAAAUCAAGCAAAGGCGGAGCCCGGAAGACUCAAAAAGGUCACACGAAUGGAUCCUCUCGGCAUCGCUGCUUUCGUACCCGCUAUAAUCUCGAUUCUAUUGACGCUGCAGUGGGGCGGCACCAAGUACCCUUGGACAGAUGCACGCAUCAUUGCGCUUUUUGUGAUUUUCGCAGUCUUCGGGGCAUUAUGGUGCUCCAUACAGCUCUGGAAGCAAGAAGAGGCUACUGUUCCCCCUCGUUUGCUGAAGAAUCGGAAUGUACUUGGGGCUGUGAUUCAUGCAAUGUUUUUGGGAGGGUCUUUCUUUGUUUUCAGUUACUACCUCCCAAUAUGGUUCCAGGCUAUUCAACAAGUUUCAGCAUCGGACUCUGGAAUUAACACUCUCCCUAUGGUCGUGUCAAUGAUCGUAUGCUCCGCAUUGGGAGGACUGCUAGUGAAUCUCCUGGGCUACUACACGCCACUCAUGUUUCUUGGGAGCGGUCUUCUCACCAUUGGCUGUGGCCUUUGUACAACGUUGAGAGUUCAUACGGCUCAUAGCAAGUGGAUCGGCUAUCAGGUUAUUAUCGGCGUGGGAGCCGGAGUUGGCUUCCAGCAGUGCAUCAACGCCCUUCAGACUGUCCUACCACUACAUGAUAUCCCGGUCGGCAUCGCUAUCAUUACAUUUGCACAAAGCUUGAGCGGCGCCCUCUUUAUUUCUAUUGCACAGAAUGUCUUCCAGAAUCGCUUGGUGGAAAAUUUGUCCGACUACGCCCCAAUGGUCAACCCGAAGGCGAUUAUCCAGGCGGGUGCAGCGAAUCUGGCACAACGGAUACCGGAGGAAAGUCUACCGUCCGUGCUAUAUGCCUACAAUAUUGCAGUCACGCAGACAUUCUACGUGUCAGUGGCUACCGCAGCUCUCUCCUUUGUCGGGGCAGUUCUUGUGGAGUGGAAAUCCAUGAGAAAGUCGAAGAAAUGUGCGUGA